AUUAGCCUUACAUGGUAGUUUCCUGCAUGCAUUAAAAAAAAAUUGUUGAGUGUAAGCCUCAGUUUUACGGUAAAUGAAUACUUAUUUUAAGACACCAGUGAGUGAAAACAUGAAAUUUUCAAAAAUGCAGAGAUUGUGGAAAACUGUAGAUAUUUUGUAGUCGAAACCAUCAAGUUUAAAGAAGAAAAACAGUUGAAUUCAAUAAAAAAAAAAUUAACAUCUCAAUGUUCUUAGACUGUUAGGGAAUGACAGAUGUCUGUAGCCUGGUACUGGUCACUGCUCUUGAUAUCAACGACUCGCAGUUCUUAUACCCAAGCUGUGACAGGUGUUACUCAAAAUUACUUGAAGAUAUAGAAUUAAGGUGGAUUUGUUUCAAAUGUGAUUUGACUUACUCUAAAGAAAAGGUAACAUGGAGGUUUCGUAUCUCCUUAAGAGUCAGCGAUGCUUCUGCUGUCUGCAAUGUUUGUGUUUUUGGAGCAACUCUGGACCAGUACUUUGGAGAUAGUGCUUAUAAAUUUCACAGAAACCUGAUGAAAUUAAUCAAAGAACAAAACAAUGCCGAACAAAUUGUACUUGAGGCAGUGCAGGAGGUCUUUGUUGGGAACUCCUUUUAUCUUGGAAUAAAAUCAUCUGUGUGUAAUAGAGAAAGACCUCUUCGCCUAAUAGAAGUUGUGAACCACAACUGUGACUAUGACAGUCUUACCUCCACACAAGAAAUAGACAGAGUUUCACUUGUUGCAAAUCAAAUUAUCCCUGUUGUUGGAAAAACCAAAACUGAUGUGUCUUCCAUCAUAAGGUCUGUUUUAAAACAGGAUAACUCUUGUGUUAAAAGCUGUUUUUCAGAAAAGAAAACAUUCCUGAGUUAUGGGUCACUUGUGUCAGAAAAUUUAACUCAGGAAGAAGCCUCUGGGUUUUCAACAUUUAGCCAACCAACCGUCGAAUUGAGCUGUGACUUUACACAUCAUGGGAGCUGUGGAGAUUCUAAAAUCAUUAAGAAGCAUGCCAGCAUAAGGAGCUUAAAACCAGACCAAGAUGAAUCAAUUGGUCAGGCAUCCAGCAAAAAAUCCGGAGGGGGUUUUGGAUUAAAUUUUGUACAAUGGUCAAAUGAGACAAAUGAUCUAGUGUUAUCUCCCCAGUUGUCUAAUGACCCUGAUAAUCAGAAAAACUAUCUGAAUGACCAUCAAGCUAGACCACCAGAAACAUGGCAUGUGGAAUUGAAUUUCUGUGAUGAUAAGGAAAACUUGUUCCCUGUUGCACAGAGGGACAAUAACAAAGGAGAAGACAUUGAUUUUGUGACAGAUACCACCUCAUGUGAUCUGUUUGAUUCCACAGAAUUUGGAUCUCAAAGUUCAUUUAACAUCCUACCCUUUUCUGAGUGUGAAAAACUGGAUAAAUUUACUUCAAAUAAUCCAAAGCAUACCUUUACUGCUCAGCUGAAUAUUCAGGAGAAAAACAAACACUUCUCCAAUAGUGAAGUAAGAAACUGUAGCGUUUUGUUUUCUCAGGAGAUUUUCACUCCAAGUCCUAUAUUCAACAUCAGAUCAGCAGCCAGUUCUAAGCAUGACAAAGGGAAAAGACUUUCUUCCUCCAAAUAUUUAGGUCUCCUCAGAAAAAAGCUGAAACCCCUACCAAAUAUUGCUCCAGACCAAUCACAUGAUGAUAGCAAAUGUGACCUAGUUUUUACAUAUUCCCCCAGUGAUGGAGAGUCACCAUUGCUUUUCUCUGAUAUGAGCUGUGAUCAUUCUGUGACUUCAGCAAGCCCAUCAAACAAUGACGUCAGUAAUUCCACCGAAUGUAUAUCACCAGAUAUAUUUGAAUCUACGCCAAAACAGGCUACACUGAAAAAGUCCACACUUUCCCCUUAUCUUGUAAAAAAGUUAUUUAAAGACGAAUGAAUGUUCUUUUUGUUACAUAUUUACUAAUAAGAAUCAUUGUCACAAGAGUGAAGAAGGUUUUUUCAAUUAUAAAAAUCAUUUUAAUGCACACGUAAUUUUUGAGAGUGGUAACGGCACCAGGAUAUUUUACGCAGAUAUUUCACAGAAGAUGAUUUUUUUUAUAUACAAAUAACGUUUUUUAUGAGAAUUUUAUAGUGAAAAUUUUUCAUUUUUGUCUUUUGAUAAUACAUAUAGUAAAAUGUGUUGAUUUGA